CUGUUGCAUCAUCCGCACAUCAUGCGGGCAGCCCAAGAAAGUAUCGAUGUCGUAUGCGGCCUGCGGCCUCCAAGCUUUGAAGAUAGAGAGAAACUCCCUUAUAUCGAGGCGCUCAUCAAAGAAAUGAUGAGGUGGGGAUCUGGUGUUCCGGCGGGUAUACCACAUGUGGCUUCUGAGGUAGACGGGUCUGUUUAUUAUCGGGAAUACACGAUACCCAAAGGAACCGUAUUUUUUGACAAUAUAUGGUCCGUAUUGAUUCAGACCCGCGAUCCUUCGGUCUACACAAGCCCAGAAGUGUUUGACCCCACCCGUUUCUUGGACGAGUCUGGCAAGCUGCUUCCAGCAACUCCUGAUACUCGCCUGGAUCUUCUUCGGUUCGGACAUGGCCGUCGCGUGUGUCCUGGAAAGGGCUUCGCAGUCAACGGUCUCUUCAUCGCAAUCACCUACUUGCUUUGGGCAUUCACAUUGGAGUGGCGGAUUGAUGAUGCCGGACAG